AAUCAGGUCCAAUAUUGCGCUACGAGCUACGAACUUGUCAUUUCCAUUUGAACAGCUGGACGUGGUGGUUGUUGGUGUGGUCACAAAUAUCGUUACUAUGGAAGGUACAAGUGAUACUAGUAGAUCGAUUGUCGAUGGGGUGCGGAAGAGGUUAAUGGACGAUUGGCAGAUACUGCAGCAUGUCUUUAAUCUGGUACAGCAGAAGGAGACUUUUUGUGCCGAUCCAGCGUUGUGGCAGCAACAGAAAAUUGUCGACUUUAAGCAGCCCAAUGAACUGAAGAAACUGAUAGAUCUGACAAUCAAGGAAAGGGAAGUGCACACUUUGCCGGAGAUUGAGCAGAUAUGCCAACAGAUUAUUCAGUUUUCCGUCAAGACUUCGCAUGGACGCUUUCACAAUCAACUCUUUGGUCAAGUAGAUCCCUUUGGAUUGGCUGGAGCUUGGGUUACCGAAGCGUUAAACGGCAGCAGUUAUACCUAUGAGGUGGCGCCUGUCUUCAGCCUAAUUGAGACGGAGGUGAUAUCAACGGUGUGUCGGCUGAUCGGUUAUACCAAUGGUGAUGGUAUAUUUGCGCCUGGUGGCUCUUCGUCAAACAUGUAUGGAAUGGUUUUGGCUCGUUAUAAGCAUGUUCCGUCCGUAAAAACCACUGGCAUGUUUGGAUUGCGACCCCUGGUCAUAUUCACCUCCGAGGAUUCGCACUACAGUCUGAAGAAGGCCGCUCAUUGGUUGGGCAUUGGUGUCGAAAACUGUAUUUCCGUGUCUACCAAUGACAAGGGUCAAAUGUCACUGGAUGACUUGGAGUAUAAGAUUAAAGAAGCACAGACACGCGGUUGUGAUCCAUUUUUUAUCAACGCCACGGCCGGCACAACGGUAUUGGGCGCUUUUGAUGACAUCGAUGCUAUUGCCGAUGUGGCUGAGCGUCACGGACUCUGGCUGCAUGUAGAUGGAGCGAUGGGAGGUUCAGCUCUGUUGGCUCACAAGAAUCGUAAACUGUUGAAGGGCUUGGAACGCGCCGAUUCCUUUGCCUGGAAUCCGCAUAAAACCCUAGGCGUUCCAUUGCAGUGUUCUCUGUUUGUCACCCGUGAGUCCGAUUUGCUGACAAGCUGCAACAGCGUUGAGGUCAGCUAUCUCUUCCAGCAGGACAAGUUCUAUGACAUCUCAUACGACACGGGCAACAAGAGUGUCCAGUGUGGCCGUAAAAUAGACGCCUUCAAGUUCUGGCUCAUGCUCAAGGCACGCGGAUAUGGACAAUAUGGUCACUUGGUUGAUCACGCCAUCGAUAUGUCUCGCUUGUUGGAGCAAAAGCUGCGUGAGCGUCCAGAUCGCUUCAGGCUUGUUCUAGACAAACACGAAUACUCCAAUGUUGCCUUCUGGUAUAUACCAAAGUGCAUGAGAGUGACCAGCUCUGAGGAGACUGCAGAAUGGUGGACUCGCUUAUAUACUGUCGCACCCAAAAUCAAGGAACAGAUGGCCUACAGUGGUACCUUAAUGGUUGGCUACGCUCCGCUUAGCAGCCGAAAACUGGGAAACUUCUUCCGCAUGGUCUUGACUUGUUUUCCUGUAGUGGAAUCCGGUGAAUUGGAUUUUAUAUUGGAUGAGAUUGAACGUUUAGGAGAGCUCAGUGAAUAUUAACUACAAAUAUAUGUGUAUAUUCUUAUUAGCCAAUAAAUAAAAAAUCAUGUUUAUAGUAUUAAA